GAUCCACGCCACGUUUUUCCCUGCGCCUUUAUUUAGAGCUGUGUGGGUUAUAAGGAGAAUUGAAGGAAAUAACAAGGGAUAUCAAACAAGGCGUGCAGAAUAACAGGAACACGUUAGUAUGUGCUGACUGAAUGAAGGAAAACGAGAAAUCAGGACGCAUUUCUUUGCUGCUGCUGCGCUCCCGGAGCAUGUAUUCACCGGAGGAUGCUGCAUCUCCUGAACCGCUGCUAUCGGCUCAUAAUUCGUGCAGUCUUCGCGAUUGCAUCGCACUGUGAAUAUUACAACGUAUGACUAGUGGGAAACGAUGUGCGAUCAGGCUUGUGUGGAGCAAGAAAAAAUAUUGAACGUUUAGAAGAUUUACGCUGAGCAUCUGCAAGGAUUUUUCUGCGCGCAGUCCUGCUCAGUUGUAUCACUGCCGACUUCAGUUAGACGCAAAGGAGGGGGGUGAAAGACAGACUUGAUAAUCUCCUCACUGUUAAAUUAUUUAGGAGUAUCUGUUCCUCAAGAUCAACAUAUGCUGGUGUCUUUGUUUUGCAUCUUGCGUGCAUGAUCUUAAAACCAGGCUUAAAGUGGCGGUGACACGGAUGAAAGCAGAUGGCUAGGCUCCCCAAAUUUCCUCAAAAAGGGGAUGAAACCUAAAAUAACCCCUAUAGCAAAUGCUUUCCGCACAUUGCAAGCCGAGGGAGCCCUGAAUUUGUGACACGUACAGCUUCUCCGGAGACUCUCCCUCCUCCUGCCCCCCCACCUCCCUCCCUCCCUCCCCACCACUCGGAACCCGGACACCGGCGACUUUUUAAUGGCUUAUGUGUUCAGAAGAUGGAGGGUUUUAAUGGUACUGAAUGUGAUUGUGGUUGCUGGGUUCAUAACAUAUUGGUCUAAGUGCAACACACGCAGCGUCCAAGACGCCGGUACAGAGGCUCCGGCGGACGGGAAGAGGCCCCGGGGCAACAGGACGGCGCAGGGGCCCAGCAUCAGCCACGAGGUUCUGCUGACGAGACUCAGCUCGCUGGAGGACGUGGUCUACAGGCAGUUAAACGGUCUGUCCAAAUCUCUGGGCCUGAUUGAGGGCUGGGGUCGGGGUAAAGGCGGCUUCCCUGCCACACUGUCGCCAGCUGAGGAGAGUGACGCUAAACAGCUGAGGGAAAAGUAUGGCUACAACGCCUACCUCAGUGAUAGAAUCUCUCUGGAUCGGACCAUACCGGACUAUCGGCCCAGCAAAUGCGGAACGAUCAGCUACCCGAGAGACCUCCCACAGAUCGCCCUCAUCUUCAUCUUUGUCAACGAGGCUCUGUCGGUGAUCCUACGUUCAAUCCACACAGCUGUCAAUCACACUCCAGCUCAUUUGCUCAAAGAAAUCAUCCUGGUGGAUGACAACAGCGAUGACGAGCAGCUGAAAGGACCACUGGAGGAGUAUGUGAACAAGCGCUACCCCGGUCUGGUGAAGAUCGUCAGGAACCAGAAGAGAGAGGGACUGAUCCGUGCCAGAAUUGAGGGUUGGAAGGCGGCCACGGCUGAGGUGACGGGAUUUUUUGACGCCCAUGUGGAGUUCACCGCAUUCUGGGCCGAGCCGGUUCUUGCCCGUAUUAAAGAUGACUACAGGAGGAUUAUUCUGCCCUCCAUCGACAACAUCAAGCACGAGACGUUUGAUGUGGAGCGCUAUGAGAACUCAGGCCAUGGCUACAACUGGGAGCUGUGGUGCAUGUACAUCAACCCGCCCAAACAGUGGUGGGAUGACGGGGACACAUCCGCUCCCAUCAGGUCUCCUGCCAUGAUUGGCUGCUCUUUCGUGGUCAACCGUGAGUACUUUGGUGAACUCGGCCUGCUCGACUCAGGCAUGGACGUCUACGGAGGGGAGAACAUCGAACUGGGCAUCAAGGUGUGGUUAUGUGGUGGCAGUAUGGAAGUGCUGCCUUGUUCCAGGGUGGCUCACAUCGCACGGACGAAGAAACCCUACCAUAAUAACAUAGCUUUCCACACACGGCGUAAUGCUCUACGCGUGGCUGAGGUCUGGAUGGAUGACUUCAAGUCCAAUGUCUAUUUGGCCUGGAACAUCCCUAUGGAGAACCACGGAAUUGAUUACGGAGACAUAUCUGAGAGGGUUGCACUGCGGAAGCGUCUGCAGUGUAAAAACUUUGAGUGGUACCUCGACAAUGUUUACCCAGAGAUGAGGAAGUACAAUAACACGCUGUUCUACGGUGAGAUUCAUAACUCUAAAGUGAGCAACCUGUGUAUGGAUCAAGGCAUUAGGGAGAACCACACAGCCACUCUGCAUCCCUGCCAUGGAUGGGGUCCUCAGUUGGGACGUUACACCAAAGAGGGUCAGCUGUUCCUGGGCCCUCUGGGCAGCACUGGGGAGGACACUCGCUGUGUGGUGGAUGAUGAGAGCAGCAAACUUCCCCAGCUCUUAGACUGUGACAAGGUGACCAGCGUGAACCAGAAGACAUGGGAUUUCUCUCAGAAUCAGGCAAUCAUAAAUCGAGCUACCGGACGCUGUCUGGAGGUGGUGCCGGCUAACGUUGCCUUCAACCACCUACUGGUCCUGCAGACCUGCUCCGGUCAGAAGUGGACCUUCAAGAACACCAUGAAGCAGUAGACUGGCCAAUUUCACUGGAAUCAAUGAGUCCAUUUUCAAGUGAUGUCACCUGACCUCAGUUUGGCCGGGGAGCAACUGAUAAGGCAGAGUUUUAAAAAGGUUGCCAUAAUACCUGUAUGUGCCACUUCUCUAGAUUUGAUAAGCCAAAACUGUGUUCUGUCUUAUGUGGGGGAAAAAAGGUUUCUAUCUUCAUCCUCAUUGUUUCUGCAUUAUAUCAUUCUGGACCAUUAUUAUGUCUUUUAAGAUGAGUACAAUAAUAAUAAUUAAAAUUUUCAGUAAUACUGUAUGAACUGAUCAGAAUACAACUUUUUUUCAACUUUUUAUCUUAAGAUUCAUGAAAAUGAAGGAAUGCCUACUUAUGAAAUGCAUACAUUAACAGUGAAUAAACAUGUAUGCCCAAAAGGGAUUUUUAUGUUCUUCUUACAGGCCUAAACCCUGUACAUGUUUAUAAUUUGAAGGAAAAGGUAUUUACAAUAAAUAUUCCUUGGGGUAUUGGAGUUUAUUUUGUUUGUUUUUUUGUAAAUCAUCUCAUAAAUCUCAUUUUCGGGGGCUACUGGGCUAAAUCGUGGUUUUAUAUGUCAUGGAUGCAUUUGUCAUUUUUUAAAGCAUUCGGUUGCACCAAAUGCAGUACAUCUUGUAGCAUGAUUGUUAAGUAAUGUAUGCAUAUGGGGACAAAGUUUAGUUGAGCUGGGGUGAUUUAUUCUGUUGAGUGCAGCUACUGCAGACGGCCAGUAGUUGCACUCAACAGAACUUUUUUGGACAAUGAGAGGAAGAAGUGGAAAGUGUAUUGAUUGUGGAAAUGCUGAAGGCCUUCAAGGCUGGUAUUGUUACUGUACUGAGAUGUAUAUGAUGUCAUAUAUUCAAUAAUUCAAUGUUAUCAGUUGGAUUUUCACUCCCAAGAUUGUCUUCCAAUAAAAAACUGGUUUCCUGGU